AUGGCAGCAUCCGAAAUACCUCUCAAGACUUUCUGGGACCAAAAUCAUGUCAGUGAAUUGAUAGAACAAGAAUGUCAUCCUUCAAUGAAGGCAUCUUCGACGUCGCAUGUGCAGCUUUCGAUCCGACUUGCACUUCCCGAACAAGCGGAAGAAAUCAGAGAGAUGGUCAAUUGUGCAUAUCGAAAAGAAGGUCACGUUUUUAAAUUAGGUGAAGAUCGAAAACGAACAAACGAUAAUGAAGUCAAACGCCUCAUUGAAGAUAGCUUAACAACACCCCAUGGAAUUGUGUGUCUUUUAAAUGCAGAAAAUAACGAUGUGUUAGGAUCAAUCUUUAUCCAAUUUAAGAAAGAUCCACAAACAAUUUAUUUUGGAAUGCUAGCAAAAGGGGAAAAGAAAAUACAAGCCGGUUCAACAUUUUCUUUUGGCGGUUUGCAGAAUAUAUCUUUUGGACAAUUAAUGAUUGAGAUGGUUGCAUAUAUUGGAAAGUUAGGGAAGUGUGAAACUGUCACAUGUGUAGUGUUUAAUGUUUCCACUGCAUUGGUUCAAUUCUACAAGAAUAAGUGUCAAUUGGUAGAAUAUGGAACAGACGAUGUCCCAUUCAAGGAGGAAAUGAAAAAAGAUGCCUACUUCAUUAAGCUAAGAAGAGGUAUUGAACACUGA